UCUGAGAGUGUCUGUCAAAGCUGAAGUCUCAAAAAAGGACAUGGAAGGAGAGAUAAGAGGCAGAGAGCAGCAAUAAGAGCAGAAGUAGAAAUUGAUUGCAGUUUUGAUUGGCACAAACAAGUUGUUGUUGUUGUUGUUGUUGUUGGAGCAGAAGUAGAAUUUGUGGUUCACUGAAUAAGGGCUGUCCAUUUUUUUUUUUUUUUCUAUUGGAUUUUCAGACUCCAAUCCAUAACCAUCCAUACUCAGUGAAUUGAAGAGCAGCUGAAAUCAUACUUACUUAGUAGGGACAACCAAAGGUUAGCUAAAAUCACAGAGUUGGUAGAAAUAGGAGAUAGAAAUAGGAAUAGAAUGGGUGGGGUGACAUCAUCCAUGGCGGCCAAGUUCGCCUUUUUCCCCCCCAACCCACCCUCCUACAAGCUCCUCACCGACGACGUUACCGGGUUGCUCCUCCUCACCCCUUUUCCCCACAGGGAGAACGUGGAGGUCCUCAAACUUCCCACCCGUAAAGGGACCGAGAUAGUCGCCAUUUACGUUAGGCAUCCCGUGGCCACCUCCACCCUUCUUUACUCCCACGGCAACGCCGCCGAUCUGGGCCAGAUGUAUGAGCUUUUCAUUGAAUUAAGCAUCCACUUGCGUGUCAAUCUCUUGGGGUAUGACUACUCUGGUUAUGGACAGUCAUCAGGAAAGCCUAGUGAGCAGCAUACUUAUGCAGAUAUUGAAGCUGCAUACAAGUGUCUUGAAGAGAGUUAUGGCACCAAGCAAGAAGACGUUAUCCUUUAUGGACAGUCUGUUGGGAGUGGUCCUACUUUGGACCUUGCAGCUCGCUUGCCUCGGUUAAGAGCUGUUGUUCUGCAUAGUCCCAUUCUAUCAGGCUUAAGAGUAAUGUAUCCUGUAAAACGUUCAUAUUGGUUUGAUAUCUACAAGAACAUUGACAAAAUUCCACUGGUUACCUGUCCUGUACUUAUCAUUCACGGAACUGCAGAUGAAGUAGUUGAUUUUUCACAUGGUAAGCAGCUAUGGGAGCUCUGCAAGGAGAAAUAUGAACCGCUGUGGAUUAAAGGAGGGAACCACUGUGAUUUAGAGCUGUAUCCGGAAUAUAUCAGGCAUCUCAAGAAAUUCGUUGCAACUGUAGAGAGAUCCCCAUCACAGAGGAUCAGUUCCAGGAAAAGCACGGACCAGUUCGAACCAUCUAGGAAAAGCACGGAUGUAUUCGAGGCUUCAAGGAAGAGCACUGACAGGAGGGAAAAACCUAGGCACAGUACAGACCGGCCAGAGAAAUUGAAAAAUCAGUCAAAUAACGCUGACAAACUUGAAAAAUUGAGGAUCUCCUUCGACCAACUGGAAAGAUCUCGGAGAAGUGUAGAUUGCAUCGAGAAGUCCAGGAAAAGCAUCGAUCAUCAAUUGGAAAGGGGUCGGAAGAGUGUCGAUAGGUUAGAUAGAAUAAGAACAGGUUAAAUUUUUUCCCCCCCUUUUCUUUCUUUCUUUCUCAGAGACAAUUUUGUAAAUCUAUGUAUUGUUUGAUGGUGUGGGGCAAAGCAAAAUUUACAUAGUUGUUCUUCUUUAUGCCUUUCCCCCCUUUAUUUU